AUGGACCUUGCACCACCGUCCAACCCGCCCUCGAAACAGGCAUGUGAUAACUGUCGCCGGCGCAAGAUCAAAUGUUCGCGUGAACUGCCUUGCGAUAAAUGCCAACGCUUGUUGCUGUCUUGCUCAUAUAGCGAUGUGCUCCGGCGCAAAGGCCCUAAGUUUCGAACGCUGUAUCCGCUGGCGCCUAUCCAUCCACUGUCAAACCUGAACGAAAAUGCACGGAAACAAAGCUACACUGAGUCUCCCUAUGGCUUCAGUUCGCCUUCGUCGCCAGCAUUUGCCAUCAAUGAUCCACUCUAUGCGCCGCUUGACAUAGCGGAUACUCUCUCACAACUUCCGCCACCAGAACUGGUCUCUUCUCCAGACUCGACUGAAUCUACGGUGGAAUCGGCGAAUGAUCGGAUACUUCCCCAUGCUCGCCGUCUGUCACCGCAAAUCCUAUUGGCGCAUGUCAAUGUCUACUUGAAAUAUUUAUUCCCAAUUAUGCCUGUGGUACGUGGGGAUGAACUGCGCCUGGAUAGUCAACAGCCUCAACGACUCUCUCCCCAAAGAUACGCGUUUUUGGCCUCUUUGUGCACAGCAACUCAUAUUCAACUCAAGUUGGAUGGUGCUACUCCAGUGCCAGAGCAUGCUCGUCUUCAGAGCCUAGGUGAGGGUCAUUCUUUAAUUUCUGGCGAAAAACUAUUAGCCGAAGCAGUGCGGGCGCGACAGGAGUGUGAUAUUGUGGAAGACAUCAGUAUUGAGACCCUCUUGACCUCUUUCUUCUUGUUUGCUUCAUACGGAAACAUGGACAAGCAGAGUCAUGCUUGGUUUUAUCUGUGUCAGGCUACCUCGAUGGCGUUCACAUUGGGACUACAACGGGAGUCAACAUAUGCGGAACUUGACACCGAGGAAGCUGAGGAAAGGCGGCGCGUAUUCUGGUUGCUUUUCAUCACAGAAAGGGGUUACGCGCUACAGCAAUCCAAGCCGGUCGUGCUCCGCAGUACCAUUCACAAACCGCAAGUUCUCUGCUCGGAAGACCCAAUUCUAGCCUAUGGAUUCAUCAACUUGAUCAACAUUUUCGAGAAGCUUACUCCCAAUCUGUAUGACUGGGUAUCUGCUGGAGGUGGCGACGGGCUAUUGGAGAAACCACCCACAUCGGGGAUUCAAUCAAGCCUCUCCAAGCCGAUAUCACUGGAUGGGGUCCUUGAAAUCCAACAAGUGGAUAUUCUGAUCACACAGCAGUGGUUGCAGGCGAUGAUGUGGAAGUUGUCUAUAAGCCAUGCCACACAGCCUGGAGCACGAGAUGAUGGGGUGUUGCCUUUCCAUCUGCCAGUACUUGUAGGCAAAGCUGUCAUGAGUGUGAUCGGAAGUGCAUCUCAAGGGGCGGUUGAUGCCCAUGGUAUCGGCAUGGAGCAAAAACUGUUCGACAUGGGCUCCUCAGUCGCCGAUGUGACUCGUUCCCUGGGCUCUAAAUCUCUGCACCGUCUGACCGAGUCGUCCGUGGACCCCAGGGAACUUCUUUGGGGUAUCUUGCACACACUCUCGCAGAUUCGGGGCUCACCUUCAUACCUCUUUCCAUCGCUCUUGGAACGCUGUAAAACAGUUCUAGGACUUGACUGCACUAUCACUAUGGGCAACUUCCUUCCAACACUCGGUGCACCAGUGUCUGACCAACUCACUUCAUGGGCUGGUGAGCAAGGCUGGGACACGCUAGCUGCUGGUCGAACUGGCCACCAAAUGGGUGAAAUAGAUAGUCAACAUCCUGACUCCUUGCCACACUUGACUGCAGUUUCUCAGGGAGGACUCGAUUUCCAAGAAUGUCUUUUGCCUUGA